GGGGGAGAUGCCGACCCCCUUCCCUGGCCCGACUUCCGCGCUCGACGCGGAGGAGCUGCCAGAGGGACCGACAAGCAGGAUUUCAGAUGGAUUCGAAGAGAUCGAAUAUCGCGAGGUGAUGGAAUACCCCGACGAGACCGACUACUAUGCCCUGCUGGGGCUGGUGCGCACCCCUCCUCCAACAGACGCCGAGAUCCGCUCCGCAUACCGCACCCUGACGCUGAGCUUCCACCCGGACAAGCAGCCGGCAGCGCUGCACGAGGCCGCCGCCCAUCACUUUGAUCGCAUCAGGGAGGCCUACGAGACUCUUAUAGACCCGCAGAAACGCACGGUGUAUGAUCUGCUCGGCGCAGAGGGCGUACAGCAAGAAUGGAGCGCCGGCGGGGCCAUGGGCAAGGCGUCUGCGUCCCAGCGCCAGCAGCUCGGCGUGCGCGCCAUGGAUCCCCAACAGUUCAAGCGGUGGUUUCUCGAGAAGAUGAAGUUGCGUGAGCGCAAGGCGAUCGACGGCUUGGUACAAAGUAGGGGCUCCAUUACUCUCGGCAUCGAUGCUUCUUCUUUGAUCUCCGUCGAGGAUGACGAUAUCUACCUUAACCUUCCGGACCCGAAACUCGAUAAAUAUACUAUCGGAUAUAGCUUUCGCACCCCGCUACCGAUACCGCGGCUCUUCGGCGGAGAUGUGACAAGCGAGGAAGAAACCGAAGAGUCGCCCUCCAAGGAAAAUGAUGAAGAGGCGGAAGACGAUAUGGAAAUGGUCAUCAGUGCGAGUAUCUCGGGAAACCUCCAGCGAGCCUAUCAAGAAGCCGUGGUUCGCUACGAAGAUGGCACUGAGGAGACCAAACAGAUUGCCCUCCCGCUCUUACUAGUCGCUAGAAGUAUCACGGUUGGCACAACGAUCACCCAUGUCAUUAGCGACGUCGCAGGGACCAAGGGUAUCCUGAACCGCCGUCCGUUCUCCCUAUUGAAGAAUUCAAUGGUCACGGUGAACGCCCUGGCCUUGCCUGCGCCAGCCAUCGAAACCACUUUGGCCAAAGCGCUGACCCCGAUACCCGGCACGAAGCCCUUUAAUGUCACCUUCCGAACUACGCUGGCCCGGUCCAUCUUCAAGACACCGCCCCAGUUUAACCUCGAGGUGUUCAGGGAAAUUGGACGGAGGAAGCAUGUCUAUUGCUCUUGGGGGAGCGGUGGGAUGCCGUGGCCGGAUUUCAUCCAGGCCCUGUUCCAGCCGAUCCUGUACCUAGGGAUGGACUUGGAUACCGCGCUGGCGAUAGAAAACCAAGCGAGCAAGCUACAAAUUGGCAUCCUCUCUUUACCCGAAAAAUCGAGAGCCGUCGGCCUUGACGAUGAGGAGGACGAGGAAGGCGAGGAAGGCGAGGAAGGCGAGGAAGGCGAAGAGAAGAAGCAUGUGGCAAGGCGACCCAAACCGAAAAGCAGCGCUGCGGAAUCCUGGCAAUUUGCCAUCGAGGCUUCUCCCGCAGGGUGCGAUCUCUCCUGCAGCUACUCGCGCAAUCUGUUCACCGGGACCUCCGUGCAAGAUACGGCAAUCUCCGAAUGGAGCUCUGAGGGAUACCACCCUCUCCCCGCCGCGAGCUUGCCACGGGCCGUGCGACUGGAAGUCCAGAGCACGGUCAACCUAGACCUCACACCAAGCUGGCACAUCACCGGGACGCGCCAGGUGAGCGACUUCACGCGCAUGGGCCUAGGGAUUGGAGUUGAGGGAGCGAAUGGCCUAGUGCUGACAGUCUCAUGGAGUCGACUCGGGCAGCGCCUCAAGCUGCCCGUUGCCGUAUGUCCAUUGGAGACAGUCAACGCGGACAUAGCAGCUCUGGCGGUGCUCGUGCCCUGGCUGACAUACUGUGCCGUCGAAUUCGGCAUUAUCCGGCCUCGUGAACGGCGGAAACGCCGUCUCGCCAUCGCCAAACGCCAGCGGGAGUUGAUACGGUCGGUUCCCAAGAAGAAAGCAGAGAGCUCGCAGGCCGUCGAGCUCAUGGCCGACCAGGUCGCCCGGCGGCAGCUCCGGGAGGAGAACGACGGCGGAUUGGUCAUCACCAAGGCCGAGUAUGGCGUUUUCCCGACGACGACGACGGUGAAGAGAACAAGAAAAGUCAACAUGCAGAUUCCCGACGACAGCGUGGUGGAUGUGACCGUCCCCCUCGCUGCCCUAGUCGACCACAGCCAGCUCGUGAUCCCACGCGAGCUGGUCAAGUUCAAGAUCUUGGGCUUCUACGAUCCUGCCCCGCUCGUUCCCAAGACGCUCAAGAUCUGGUACCUCUUCGGUGGCAAAGAGCACUACGUCGAGGUCUCGGAUGCAGAGGGCGUCGCUUGUCCGAUGCGCUCACAUCUGCCGCAGUAGGGCACAAGCGUGAACGAAGUGUCAGCCAGCUUCAAGGUAUCUAAUCCUUGUAUGACAGUCUCCACUAUCAUAAAUCAUAUACUACAAUACAGUAUAUACUACCUAGUUAUAUAUAUACCAGUUGAUUUAUACCUACCUGCCUGAUACAAGCCAUUGAUGUAAGUAGUUCGGGUAGAUAGAUACACAGUACACAGUUAGGUACACAAUUAAAAGAGGUACAACUAACAGCAGC